CGCACACGAAUUUGGCUCCGAUUUAGCUUUAACUCUAUUUGUACACGUAUUAGGCACCAGGGAUAUUGACAAAUAAUCAAUCACUUAUUAAUUUUCGGAAUAGAUGGAAAACUAAUAGGCAUGUGCUGUAUAGUUAUAAAAGUUUGUCUUCUUAAUUAUUUUAAGACAAAGAAGACCCGAGCUUCAGCCCAAUAUACGAGAGUUUGACUUAAUUUAUAACUGUAGAUAGGCAGAUAAUAAAUUAGAUUAAUUUACUCCAUUGCCUAAAUUCAUUAUUAUUAUUAUUAUUAUUAUUAUUAUUAUUAUUAUUAUUAUUAUUAUUAAUAAAUAUCAAUAAAUUAAUAAAAUGUGGUCACAUUGGGUCAUUUCUACCUUAAUUGUUUGCCUCUUAACGGAAACACUUUCUCACUCGUUUGAGACUGAGGAAAUGAUACCUGUGCGGUUGACGGGACGGACCGGUGGACGAGUGGCAAAAAGGAGCGAAGAACAGCCGAGCUUCAGACUCACGGCUUUCGGCAAGAAUUUCACACUUAAUUUGAUACCGGACAACACGUUUAUAUCUCCAACACUCAAGGUUUAUCGUAUCAAAGCCAAACACUUUUUGCCGCGAGAGAGACAUGAGUCCAUCAGCAACUUAACAGAGUCCUUGAAUCAGACUGAAGAGGAUGGGACUGAAUUACUGAAAGGCUGUUUUUACACCGGGGAUGUUGACUCUAACGAAGACUCCAUUGUCUCUGUCAGUUUAUGUCAAGGGAUUUUAGGAUCAUUUAUCACUGAUGGUAGAGAAUAUAUUGUCGAACCAAAAGGUUUCGGCUUUGGGAAACAUGGAAAAUUCACAGAACAUUUGCAUACCAUUAAAAGAAGAAAUGUUACCAAGUCCCAGCAGGUCUCAGAACCGCUGUCUGAUCUCAGAGAAGAUGAGAAUGAUCAAGAUUUGAUGAGGCAGAUGUCCUCCAGGCGUAAACGGUUUGUCUCUACACCCAGGUUUAUUGAGACUUUAGUGGUCGCUGACGCUUCCCUGACCCAUUUCUAUGGAGAUGAGAUCAAGCACUACAUGCUUACCUUGAUAUCAGUGGCUGCUCAGAUUUACAAGCAUCCCAGCAUUAAGAACUCCAUAAACAUAGUGCUUGUGAAGAUACUGAUUGUGGAAGAUAAGGAGGUUGGGCCAUCCGUCUCCACUAAUGGAGGCGUUGCACUGCGCAACUUCUGUGCCUGGCAACAGCUCUUCAACCCGCCCAACCACAGGCAUCCUGAGCACUACGAUACCGCCAUCCUUUUUACUAGAGAGGACAUCUGUGGACAUCAGAGCUGUGACACAUUGGGUGUAGCUGAUGUUGGGACCAUGUGUGAUACUAAAAGGAGCUGUUCUGUUAUUGAAGACAACGGUCUUCAGGCUGCUUUCACAACUACCCACGAGCUAGGUCAUGUUCUAAGUAUGCCCCAUGAUGACACUAAGAACUGUGUGCAGCUUUUUGGACAUCUGGGAGAGCACCAUAUCAUGGCCCCUGUAUUCAAUCAGUUCAAUAAGAAUUCUCCUUGGUCUCCCUGCAGUGCUUUAUACGUCACACAGUUUUUUGACAAUGGACAUGGAGACUGCUUACUGGACACCCCUGAGAAGAUAGUGGCCUUGCCCACUGAGCUGCCAGGCAUAACUUACACCCUGGACCGCCAGUGCCAGCAGAUAUUUGGAGAGGAGUAUUCACAUUGUCCCAACACUUCAGCCAGUGAGGUGUGCAGACAGCUUUGGUGCCAGGAGGAAGGCCAGUCUGUUUGUACAACUAGGAAUGGGAGUCUACCCUGGGCAGACGGCACAAGCUGUGCCCCUAACAUGACCUGUCUGAAUAGUGUAUGCAUGUCCUCUGAAGAAGUCAUGAAACCUAAGUUGGCUGUGGAUGGAGGCUGGGAAGAGUGGGGACCAUGGCAACCAUGUUCCAGAUCAUGUGGAGGGGGAGUGAUGUUCUCCUACAGAGAGUGCACCCAGCCAUCACCUCAGAAUGGCGGAAAGUACUGUUUGGGCCAGAGAGUGAAGUACCAGUCCUGCAACAAACAAGCCUGUGAGAACAACCUAGGAAAAAGUUUUAGAGAGGAACAAUGUGAGAAGUACAACAAUCCCAAUCACUUCGAUGUUCAUGGAAAUGUGAAGCAGUGGAUACCAAAAUAUGCUGGAGUAUCGCUGCGGGACAGAUGUAAACUCUUUUGCAGAGCAAGAGGCAGCAGUGAAUUUAGAGUGUUUGAAGCUAAAGUAAUUGAUGGAACCCCAUGUGGACCAGAUACCACAUCAUUCUGUGUGCAAGGUCAGUGUAUCAAAGCUGGCUGUGACUUGGAGAUCGAUUCUAGUAAGAAGCUGGACAAAUGUGGCGUUUGUGGAGGGAAUGGCCUGAGCUGCAGGAUGAUAUCUGGCUCAUUCAACAAAGUUGUCCAUGGAUAUAGGGACAUUGUGACGAUUCCAAGUGGGGCCACCAACAUUAACAUCAAACAGCAGAGUCAUGGAAGUAUACCAAAUGAUGGAAAUUACUUGGCUGUCCGAAGAGAAAAUGGCAAUUAUAUCUUAAAUGGAAACUUCUCAGUAUCCACCGUGGAGCAGUAUAUUCCAGUGCAUGGGGCUGUGCUUAAGUACAGCGGCUCAUCCACCACACUGGAGCGAAUUCAGAGUUUCCGCCAGCUCCAGGAACCAAUCACCAUACAGCUGCUUUCCACUGCUGGAGAAACAAUCCCACCAAAGGUCAAAUACACAUUCUACAUCUCCAAAACAAUGUAUUUCAGCAAAUCCAAAGACAAAAAGAUUUCUGCCAAAUUGAUUCAUCCAUUUGGGGUGCCAGAGUGGGUCUCGGGAGAGUGGUCUGAAUGCUCCAAAACCUGUGGAUCAGGAUGGUCCAGGAGAAACGUGGAAUGCAAAGAUAAUGCUGGCUUUUAUUCAAACCACUGCAAUAAAGAUCUCAGACCUUCUGAUAUAAGGGCCUGUGCAGACCUGCCAUGUCCCAUAUGGCAGUCAGGACCUUGGUCUUCAUGCUCACAAACUUGUGGCCAUGGGGAACGCCACCGCAGGAUUUUCUGCAUUGAUUACUCUGGGAAGGCUGUGGAACCAGAGAAUUGCGACCCUGCAAAAAAGCCAGAAUCACUAUCUGAAAAGUGUUUCUACCAAGAGUGCUAAAGAACAUCAGAUUAUUCUGAGGUGAUAAGAGGUUCCUGUGAAACAGGAACAAUAUACAGAUCAUUUUGACCAUGCUUCAGUUUGGAGCAGGAUAAAAUUUACAGUAGCUUCAGAAGGAAAAAUGGUUGAGCUGUACUGAGUGAACUUGGUCAUGAAUGAUUAAUGAACUAAUCACUUUGUUUUCUAAAUGUUUAUAUUUAUAACCACUAUUGAAGGUUUUCCAGUGAAGAUCUACCUCAGUAAGCAAUACUUUAUUGCCAUUUUCCUAGUUUCCUGUCUCCUAAUCAUGUUUUCUCAGAGUGUGGCUCUUUGUCAAAAACUAAUAGCUCCAUUCCAUAUAAUUUAUUUCUAAUAUUUUUUAUAUUUAAUGAUUCAGGUCAAUACAUAACACUCAGAUCAGCUAAAUAGUUAACAUUCCUCUCAGGCUGAUGAGGAAAGAAUUUGAUAAGUUUCAAAUUCCUAAAUUUGUUGAAGAUUUCUGUAUUUGUACAUUCAAAUGUACUGAAAAGGAAUUUAAAAUGUAAUGACCAUACAAACAAUACAAAAAUGAAUGAAAUUUAAGCUGGAAUAUCAAAAUUGCAGAACUUUUUCAUUUUAUUAAGAACUGUCAUUCAGAAAAUUCGAAAAAUGAGAGAAAUCAGAGAAACACAUAAUGAGAAACUAGGGAACUUUCGAGGUGCUACUUGCUUCUUUUAGCGAUUUAUUUGUGAUUAGGCCAGUAGUUUUGCAGCGCAUGACACACUAGUGUUGCAUGUUGAACUAGUCCUCUAACUCAGUGGGGGAUGCGAUUUAUCCCAGUGACUCGAGUCCUUUGAAUCCGUCCACUAAAGAGAUUCAUUCUGCCACCAUUUCUGUAGAUUACAUUGUAUGCCAGAGGGUGGUGAACAAUUAUACAUUUUUAUGUCUUUUGAGCAGUGAGUCACUGAAUCACUGAAUAAACACAGAGUCGUUCACGACCGAGACAAUGGAAGUGAACGAUGAUUUGUUCACUUAGAAGAUUUGUUCAAAAACAGUGACUCAUUCAGGAACAAAAGUGUUUUAGGCAUACACCUAAUUGAACAAAAAUAAAGACUGGACAAAAUGCCAGAAGAAUGCUGAACAGUAGGUUACGUGAAAUAUGUAUGCACUUGCAUGUUAAAUACCGAAAAAGGUGCUUACAAAUGACAGUUUAAAACCUGUGAAACUAAUUAGACACUUAUCAACCAAUCUCCCGACAUUCAAAGAUAUAGUACGAGUUUUUCAGACCACCAUAGUUAGGCUAACAAACCAAAAACUAACAAUGACCAGCCAAACCACAGUGUGAAGCCACGUUUUCCAUACCCACAUCAAAAGCAAGUACAUCUCACGUUUAUUGACAGUGGAGGAUGUUUUACAACUGUUGUACAGAAACACGGAUUAGGAUUAUGUGCUCUUAGAACAGGCUCAAUCGUCACACUAUUUGAUAUUUUAUGUAUCAAUAUGCAUAUAGUGUGGAUAAGCUUGGUUAUGUUAUUUAAAUAGUGAGUCAAGUAGUAUGUCGAGAGAGGGUGUUAGCACUGCCAUUUCUCAGUGGAUUUUGGGGUGAGAUGGGGUUAGUGGGGGAUGCAAACUCAUAUCCUUAAAGUCCAAGUGAAGCAUCUUGAGAAGCACAGUUCGAUUUGGUGUUUUAACGAAUUUCCUACUGAAACAAGAAGUGGGAGCAGGACAUCUCUUAUGACUCGUCCCAUAUUUAAAAAUAGCCAAUUAGAUUUUGUUUAUAUCCACACACACAUACCCCUUCCCAACAUGCUGCUCAUGUCAGAGCUGCUUAACGAGGAAACUUGAGAAGCGAUCUCAAUACCGGCAAGCUUUUUCAAAGACUUGAGAAGCGAACGAUGAUCUAACUGACAACAUUAAUCCAUUAACCAGCCCACAAAAACAUGCAGCACAUCACGGUCUUUGCUUAUGACAAGGCUGGAGCCGUUGUGCAAGUCAAAUGCAGAUGAAUGAGAAAAAAACAAGUAAAAGAUAUAAUAUAUCCAUAUUUUGAAUCACGAUACACUAAGCAUAAAGAACAAAGAAUGCUUACUCGAGCUGUACGUCCCAAGAAAGCUCAGGCUGCAAAAAAAAUAUAUAUAAAUGAACUUUCCUCAUGUCCGCUAGUCCUAUUCAGAAGUGAUCAUCCCUAUGCCUUAUGCCUAUGCCAAUUAUCCUCCACUGUGAGAGCUUCAGAUGGCUGAAAGGUGAUAAUGGUCAGUCAAAACUCACUUUUUAUGCGAUUUGUAUUGUAAAUUCUGUUUGGAACGACCCUACAUCAUGGAUUGUGCUCCCUUCGAAGUGCUCUGCAAAGGUAUGAUCAGCCCCAGUUAGAACACAGCCAGACUCGCUGAACAGUUGUAGGGAGAGGGUGUAUUCUUGUUCUAGAAAGCGUUUGAUUAAACAAGGUAUUUUUAACCGAAAGUUUUUAAAUGAUUUUAAAUGCUUAUAUCUUCUGAAAACAAUUUUGUCAAUCUUUAAAAGUACACUAGCAUAUAGAUGACAUUAAAGCUAAUAGAUAGACAAAAAGCAGCAAAACUUAAAUUUUUAUUUUACGGGGUCUUUAAAGGUUGAAAACCCCUGCUCUAACUUAUACAUCUUGGCUUGCUUUUUUCAGAGGCUUAUUUUUACUUUCAUUUCCAAAUCUCACUAAUGUUAAGAAUAUUUUAUUAAAGCAUGGUCAUAUAAAUACUGUAUAUUAAACCGUUUAAUGAAUACUGAAAUCUUUGUCAAAGGUAAACAGUGGUUGAGUCUGCAAUCACCUGCUAAUUUAUAGAAGUUUAAGAAGUACAAUUACUGUAGGUGUUUUAUAUAAAGACCUUUUAGUUCAGGAACCUUUAAGUUUACAACUAAAAGGUUAUUGCCUAUUCAGAAGGUUAUAUGCAAUUUAUUAUUAGCUAUUACUGUUCUUUAUAAACACUGUUUACUUCAAAAGUGCACAUCGCAAAUUGUUGUGAAAUGCUCUGUGAAUGAAAACUAGGAAUUUCUCUGUAAGCAAUCAAAUGAGACCAUGCAGGGUUUUCUUGCUCUUUUCUCUGUUUGUCUGAUGACAUUAGUUAGAGCUGAUUUGUCAGAUGAGGUGUUUAUAAAUCUGUAGAUGUGACAGUGUUAUUAAGCAAAACCAGUACAGCAUGAAACAAAACAGGUUGGACCCCCUAUUUUCACAGAUAAUGCUUAAGAAAUGCUCCAGUAACUGUUAAUGAUUGUAUAUAAAUGUUAAUGUGGCAUUGAUCAUUCCAGUUGUGUACAUUUCGUAUCUCAGUCAUAUUACAAAUACAGCUAAAUGUAUUAUCCCUUCAGUGAAGGACUGUUCUUUGUUACUCUAUAACAUCUUCAUUGUAAAGCUAUUUAUUUUUGUAAAGUUUUUGUUGUCUAAAAUUAAUACAAAUUAUGCAAAGUUUUGAGAUGCUGCUUUCUUUUGAUUUUAUAAGUCAAUGAAAUGUAAAUAAAAUGCAUAAAUAUA